GUAUAGCCUGAAUACCCAAUACGUGGGUAGAAGUUUCGGUGCCUCUGCCCUAUAAAAGGAGUCUUUGCUUACGAAAACAUAACCUCCACUCCAAGCCUGCAAAACAGAGCUAUGAAGAAGAUAAUGCUCUCAGCGAAGCUAUCGCUGGUGGUUCUCCUGUCCCUGUGGAGCACCGCCAGCUCCCUGUGCAGACGUUCUGGUGGAACAGACUGCUCCACUUCAAAUGGAGAGUGCUCCUUUCUCUAUGACGAGAGAGACGGUACUCUCAUUUCUCAAAUUGGCUGGCCUCCUGAAAAGUUCAAUAUCAAAUGCAAUGAAGGACACAUUUUGAUCUAUUCCGCUUCUGAUUUUCAACUACAAGAUAAGAUGAACUGUUCAGGGGCCCUACAGCCAGUAUGUGUAGACUGGGUCAACCAUCACAUUGGUGGCUUUGCUCAGAGUCAUAAGUUAUGCGGAAGUGGUGAGGUUGGCCAAUUCCAUUCUGAUGGUGCAAACAGUAUGCUGGUCGAGUUUGUCACCAACCGUAACAGUCAACUUAAAGGGUUUGAAUACCUUGCGUACUGCAUAGCUCCUGGGUUUGACAGCAAUGCCGUCAGAGAAGGGGUGGUUUCUGCCACCCCAGCCCAGCGCCGUGCUGCAGGGCAAUGUACAUCACCUGAUAGUGAUCGGAGAAAACGACAGUCUUACUAUAACCCACCGCCCACUACAGAGCUCAGUGAUACCUUUGUGAUUCUGGAAAUGUCUCAUUACCUUUCAUUCACCUACCUGACCAUCAUUGUUCACCGUGGAGUGUAUGGAGUGACCUCUCACCGUGCAAUAUACCUAACUGUUGUUAACCGCUACUCAAGAACUACUUACCCACUCUGGCGUCCUAUCAAUGAAGAGAUAAAGGGAUUUGGUUAUCUAUGGAUAUCAGGAAGGAGUGCAUACUUUUACCAAAUCGGAGCACAUUCUGUGUUUGAUCCAAGUAGUGAAGAGAAGGUCAUUAUUCAUCGACUGGAGACUGGCCUCAAUCGAGCACUGAGAUAUGCCGAGCAGUACGAUGUCGUUGAUGAGUUAGACAUCCUCCGUCCCAGACCCACAUCGCGACCAGGCUUUGUCGGUCUCCCUGGGACUCGGCCAACAACACCUCCACCUCCACCAACGCUAGCACCAAAAGGAACGCGACCACCCGCAACACUCAGACCAACUGCACCACCAGGUCUACCGGGAACAAGACCACCAAGACCACUAAUACCAUCAGGACCACAAGGACCACCAGGACCACCGGGACAGCGUGGACCACGUGCAGUCACAAAACGUCAAGGAACUCGUCCACCAGAUUCAGAUCUACCAGAUGGAUCUCUUACUGAUGCCCAGCUAGCUCUGAGAUAUGGCAACGCCUGCAACGGUGUCCUACGAGCAAGUGCCUGUGCUUACCAGCAUGUGGUGCUGAGGAGGAACUGCAAUUAACAAAUAUGUGUUCUUGAAACUUUGUUGCAUUGACAA